UGUAUAUAUAUGAAUUAAUAUCAAUUCUAUUAACACAUCAGAAUUAGUAGAGUGAGAAAAAUAAUUAAUUGAGGAUUGAACGGAAACCAAUUGAGUGCAAACGUGUUUACGACUGUUUACGAAAAAUGCAAAUUAUGUUUGGAACAAUUUUAUUUGUUUUAUUGAAAGGUUUAAUAUUGACAAAAGCAACUAUCACGCCGGAGGAUUAUACUACUUCAAGCAACCUCCAGAAAGAAAGUGUUCCUAUGUGUCCAAGUUUAAAUUUCACGCAGGAUAUUUCAAUGUCCGAGAAAAGUGAUCAUCAUAUACUAAAUUUUAAAUCUGACCGGAGUCAUUCUGAUAGUACUGUGAGAAAUAAGCGAGAAGACCAUGAAGUUACACAUGCAAAUAUUUCUAUCAUCCCAGAAUCUAUCGAAAACAGUUUGAGCAGGCCAACAUCUCUCAGAGCAUUUGUACAAUUCGACAGUCAAUUCACAGAAAAAGUAAAUGAUAUUUUUGUGACAUUGAGAUGGAACCAACCUGAAUUUACUGAAAUGAUUCAAGAGUACCAAGUGCAGUGUUCUUUCUUCGAGGACUUUAAAGAAACUUGCGACGAUAAAAAUAUUACAGCUACAAAAUUGGAACAAACGGUGCACAAUCUAACAUCUAACACGACAUAUUAUUUUCGAGUACGUGCGCAUAGUAAAAUUGUAAAUAAAAUUGUUGCUGGUCCUUACACGGAUUUAAUCAAAGUGUCGACUACACAUGAAAAUCCAAUACCUAAAUUAUUACUCGCAUCGAAUCAAGGUAUAAAAAUAUUGGACGUGGAUUUAAACGUUACUAAUUUUGAAACGUCAGAAAUACUAAUGAACGAUCGAAGCUUAUUCGUUUAUUCGAUACAAGAAAAUAGAAUUUAUUGGAUAACCUAUAAUAUUUGGAGUGGAGUCCUAAUGACAUUGAAGAUUAAUGAAAAUAAUAUCACAAACAUAGCCAGUUUUCAUAAUUAUCCAGCUUUAGAUAAUCUCUGCAUUGACUGGGUAGCAAGAAAUCUAUAUUUCAAAUAUCGAGAUUCAGACUACUCUCGUAUUAUAAAAUUCGACUUAACAAUGUGGGAAAGUGGCAUAAUUAAAUUUGAUGAGGUUUUCAAAUCAAAAAAUGAUAAUGACCGUUUAAAUGUAUUACCAUCUAUGGGAAUUUUAUAUCAUACAUCAUACAAUUGGACGGAUAAAGAAUAUGGUAUAAUGAAAUAUCAUUUCGAUGGAAAAAUCGAGCAAAUUGUUCGGAUAAAUGCAUCCUUGUGCCUAUUUCAUCACAAAGAUCCUUAUCGUAGUAUGAUAAUCGAUGAUAUGAAUAGUGAGGAGUCAUUAAUUUACUGGUUAAGUGGUGAACACAUAUUUGUGACAGACAUUAACGUUUCUAUGUGCAAUACGAUUUUAAACAAGAAAAAUAUAGGUGAUAACAUCCGCUUCCAAACAAUGACGAUUGACAAAACAAACAUUUACAUUUUGGCAUAUGCAGGGUCUAUUAAAUAUAUCUACAUAUUAAAAAAAAAAUAUGUAGAUCUCGAAAGCGUAAAUGUAGCCGAAUAUUUUGAAAAGACAAUACUAAGCUCAUAUAAGAAAAAUUUAUUUUACGGCUUUAUCUUACGCUAGUAUUUACGCUUUUGAUAAAUCUUUACAACCAUAUCCUCCAAUGAGAUGCCUGACACCUGACGAAAAAGUAUACAAUUUUGAGAAUGUGAAUGCAACGGCAAACAGCAUCAUUGUAAAUUUUUCGGAACCGGUUGUAAAGAGUGGAUG